AUGGAAAUAAGCUCUCAACAAGAAGAAAAGUCCGUUAAAUUCGACGAUCAAGCAUGGAGCGAUUCAACUCCCAGCACAACCACAAGGGAACACGAGCAAGUUUCAUUCAGUGAUGAGUAUUACGUUAGAUCUUACACAUGUAACUUCUGUAAGAAAGGGUUUUCUAAUGCACAAGCACUUGGUGGACACAUGAACAUCCAUCGAAGAGACCGAGCCAAGCUUCGACAGUCAUCCAUUACUGAUAAUUCGUCGUGUAAUGACCGUGAUUCUAUGCAAUCUGAUACAUCCAUUACUAAAACGAGGAGUCAACUAUACGAAAAUAAUGAAACAAAAGAUGAUAUUGAGGUUGGGAAGAAGAAGGCGCUUGCCUUAUUUGUUGAUUCGUCGUUAGGCAAGCAAGGAAGCAGUAAUUCAAGGGUUAGCAGGGAUGAUUCUGGUGUGGACCUUGAACUUCGACUAGGGCGAUCAAGAAUUGAAAUAUGA